GGUGAAUGCCCCGCCUUUCCCAUUGCGGCCGGUGCGGGAAGGUGGAUCGCUCCUGCGGAUCGCUCCGGUGGAUCGUCAGGAUCGCCGACCCGGGGGACUUCGGAGGGAUCUGGAGACCUCGGAGGAGCAGGGGACCGAGGUCGAUCGAUGCCCUCGUCGCCGCGAUCCGGUCCUGUCACCUGCGACAGGCGGAACUCCUCGUCGAAUCCGGGCUCGACCCGAACCUGAGAGCCUCGAACGGAUCGACCGCCCUGACGAGCACGGUGACCGAGAUCGGCGACGCGACGGAGCGGCUUCGCUUCCUGAAGCUGUUCCUGGACGCCGGCGCGGACGUCGCGGUGGGAGACGCCGGGGGGAUGACUCCUCUCAUGCACGCCGCCGUCCUCGGAUUCCACGACGAUGCCCUCGUGCUUCUCCAACACGAGAGGCCGGGCGUGGACGCGGCGGACGGGGACGGGAACACGGCGUUGGUCCUGGCCGCGAGGUUCGGGUGGCUCCGCGUCGUCUCGCUCCUUCUGGCGUUCUGCCCCGAUCUCGAGCGGAGGAACCGGUUCGGGGAGACGGCCUUGGACGCGGCCGAGAAGAACCGGCACGAAGAAGUCGCGCAGCUCCUUCGGGCGUGCGAGACCGAUGCCGGGGAUCGAGUCCGCGUCGAUCGAGGAUUCCCCGAAGCCAGGGAUCGAUUCCGCGCCGAUCGAGGAGGAUUCCCCGAAGCGAGCGAUCUCGACCGAAGCCCCACGCCGGAACUCAUGGACGGCCCGAGCUGCGACGCCGACACGGAAUCCCUGUACGACCUGGACCUGCCACCCCCAAGACCCCCGAUCUCGACCUCGACCAUCCCCCGACUCGUCCCCAAGGAACUCGACCGAGUCCGCACCACCGAAGACUCUCACCGCCCCAACAGACGUCCCCCCACUCCCCGCGGCUUCCCGUGGACCACCUCCCAAUCCUUUCACACCCUCCCCUCCCAUUCCUUCCAACCCCUCCAGACCUUCCCCUCCCAACCCCUCCACGCCCUCCCCUCUCAACCCCUCCACGCCCUUCCUUCCCAACCCCACCAACCCCCUGUACGACCUGGACCUGCCACCCCCAAGACCCCCGAUCUCGACCUCGACCAUCCCUCUUCCCACCCCCACCCACCCCCCCCCUCCCUCCCCUCCAUCUCCCCUAGAUCCCCCCGCACCCACAAACUGUUCCCCGAAGUGCUGAGUCGCUCCUUCUCGGAACCCCGCUCCCUCUCCGACCCCGAAACCGCCUCCCUCGAUCUCAGCUUCAAGAGCGACCGACCCUGGAAGCCCCGCAAGUUGCAAUGGAGCACCAAACCCGGCUCCACCGUGACCUUGCCCCCGAUCGACUCGAGCCCGAAGGGACCUCUGUCUCAGAGCCUCGGCUCGCACGACCUCCGUCGGGUCGCGACUCCCGACCUCCCUCCCGACCUGCCCUCUCGGAUCCCCCCUCUCCCGCCUUGA